AUGGAAAACACAGAAUCAUUUUUUCGCGAACAUAAAAUUGUAGAGGAAAAAAUCAAUAUAAUAAAAGUCUAUUUAAAUGAAGAUGAUGAGAUAAUAAAAAAUUAUUCCGUUAUUUUGGAAAAUUUAAAUUAUUUAAACAACUGCUUAAAUAGUUAUAGAGAAGCGAAGACAGUACUAGACCCUCAUCUAGUUUUAUUAGUACAUGCAUUUUUUGAGUUUUUAAAAAAGUCUUUUAACAAACUAGAAGAUCUCUUAACAUAUUUUAGAACAAAAUUAGAGAAUGAAAAAAAAAACUUACAAAAAAUAGACUUUAUUACAAAUGAAAAUGAAGAAAUAAAAAAAGAGAAGUUUAAUAAAGUUGCUGAUAGUGACAGAGAAAUAUUUCAUGAAAUGAAAGAUGAUGAAAAAAUUCAAUAUGAACAUAACAUGCUAAAAUUGUACACAAUAAUUGAAGAGAUUUAUAAAUAUUAUAAUACGUUAAUAUCAAUUAGAGGAGAGAAAAAAGUAAAAACAUUUUUCCCAUGUGAUUCCUUUUUUUUGAACGCUAUCGUUAAUAUACUUAUUACCUUGAAAAAAGAAAAUGAUGUUUAUAAUUAUAUAAGUAAUUUAAAUUUUAAAAAAACUGAUGAAAAUAAUUCUUGGGUGAUUUUAUAUGUAUUAAUAAUAUGGCUAUCCUUUUGCUUAUAUAUACCAUUUGAUAUUCUCAGCAUAAAUAAAAACAUGUUAAUGAAUGUCCAAGAAAUAUAUUAUUAUUAUAUACAAAAAAAUGAUAAAACAAAAGAUGCUUGUUCUGUUUUAUAUUCUCAAUUUUUAAGUAGAGAAGAUGUAUGCAAAAAUCAAACUUGUUUCAAUAAUUUUGUAAUAUUUUCGAAAGAAAUUUUGAACAAAUUAAUAUUAACACAAACACAAUAUAAAUCAAAAGAAAUAAAUGAUGAUUUAUAUUUAAUCAAUAACCCUAAUUUACCCCAAUUUUGUCUCACAAAAUAUACGAAUAUACUUGUCUAUGGAGUUUUAUUAACACAUAAAAAAAUAUUGAAAAAGCUAGAUAAAAAAGUAUUAAGAAAUUAUGCUAACUUUUACACUUUUUUUUUUAUUCACAAUCACAAAAUUUGGGAUUUUACACAAAUCUCAAAAUCUUUAAAAAUACUUUGUCUUCGUUAUUAUGCCUUACUAUUUUUAGAAAAAAAAAAAAAAAAUGAAAAUAUCACCGAUUCUUCUGUUAGUUGUAAUAUGAUAAAUGAGCUCAAAACUGAUGAUAGUAAGAUUGGUGAAUUAGUACAAAUAGAAACUAAUAAAAAUUCAAUAGAAAAUGAUAAUAAUAUAAAAAUUAACAAAGUAAAAGAAAAUUGUUUAGAGAAAGAACAUGAUCUCUUUAAUAAAUUUCCCCUAUUUCUUGACAUAAAUGAAGUAUUUAUUUUAUAUCAAAAAAGCAAACAAAAUAAUUGUAGUGAAUACAACAAUAAUGAACUAGAUAAUGUGAAAGAGUUCAAACAAUACAUAUGUGAAAAAGAUAUAAUGGUAAUUAUAAAUAUUUUGUUUUUUUAUUUUAACGAUAAUAGUAAUAAUAUUCGAUGGUGUUUAUCGAAAAGCUUUGGUAAUAUAUUAAUAUAUUUAAAUGAAGAAAAUGUAAAUACAAUAAUUAAUAAAUUUAAUGAAUUAAAAAAAUAUAAGGAUAAUAAUAUUUUGAGUACAAUCAAUUACACAUUUUUUCAUUCCAUUUUUCACAAAAAUUCGCUUUCUAUAAGUACAUUAAAUUAUUUAAUGAAUAUAAUAAUACAAAGUUUAUACAUGAAUAAUGAUAAAAUAUAUCCUAGUGUGUUUGUAUUAUUAUAUAGCUUAUUUAAAUAUAAUAAGUAUAUAAAAAUGUAUUACUACGAAAAAAAAUAUAAUAUUAUAAUAUUUUUCUUUUUCCAUUUAAUAUUUAGUAAAUUAAUUAUUAUGUCUUUAUUGGAAGAUAAUAUUAAUAUUAGAAAAUCAGCGAUAUCUUUAUUGCAGAUAUUUAUAGGUAAAUUUAAUUUUUUUUACAAUUUUAGUACCGAUAUAAAAGACACAAACACUGAUAACUUGAAACAAAAUAUACAACCCAAUCAUCCUUCUGCUUUCAACGACUCUAACAAUAAUAACAUUUAUAGAGGAACCAGUGCAGAGGAUAUUCAUGUAUCUGAUAUUGGCAAUAAAGAAUGUGUAGGUACUCAAGAGAAUUGUCAAAAUAUAUUUUACCUUGAUAUAAUUUCUUUUUGUAAUUUGUUUUUUAACCAUUCUAAAAUUAGUAAUUAUUAUGAACAUUUAAAAAAUUUCCCAAAUGACUUGUGUGCAUACAAAAUAGAACAAAGCAAUGAUGAUAAUGAAGAAAAAGCAAAUUAUGAAAAAACACGACAAAAUAUGGAUAUAAUAAAAAAUAAGAUUUUUAAACAAAAUAUAAAAAUGCUAUCUACUUGUAAUUUUAAUGAAUUAAUAAAUUUUAAGCAAUCAGUAAUUAUAAAAUCAAAAGUAAUUGGUAAUUUUUUUAUGUAUAGGUAUCCAAUAAUUUAUCAUUUAUAUACUGAUAAAAUAUUUCAUGAAAAUGUAAACAUACGUAUAUUAUCUUCCGAGUCUUUAGCAAAUUUUGCAGAUUUAGAUAAUUAUUAUUUUAUUAAGGUUGUUCUUCCAUUUUUAGUAAAUAAAAGUUAUGAAGAGAAUGUAUACAUAAAGCAUGGCGCAAUUAUAUGUAUAUCCAAAAUUUUAUUAAAAUUAAAAAUGAACAUUGAUGAAAAUUUGCAAAAUGAAAUUAAACAAAUAUUAAUACAUAGUGAAAAAAAAAGAGUAUAUAAAUAUAAAAAGGGAGAAAUAUUAAGACACUCAUUAUGUUUAUUAGCACAAAGUAUAUGUCAAUGUAAUUAUUUUGCUGUUAAAAAAAAUACCUAUACAUUUUUUAUGGAUAUUAUGCAUAAUAAUUUAUUCCACUACAAUGAAAUAAUACAAUUUAAUGCUUCAAAACUAUUUUAUUAUAUCCCUAUAUAUAUUGCAAGUUCAGAAAAUGCUAUUAAUUAUGUUUAUCAAGUAUUAGACAAUUUUGUCAAAGAGAGAAAUAACUUUAUUUAUCUAAAAGGUUAUCUAAUUCUUUUAUGUUUUAUUAAUGAAAAUAUUAUUUCUCACGUUUGUUCAGACCUUUUUUAUUUUCUUUAUAACAUCCUAAAAAAAUGUACAACAUAUUACAAGGUCAAGCAAAAAUGCAUACCACCAUUAGAAUCCAAAGAAAAUCAUAAAUAUGAUAUUGAAAAUGAAAAAGAAGAUUUGAUUGAUACACAAAAUCUUAAUAGAAAAAAUAAAUUUAAAUAUAUUGAAUUCGAUUUAUAUCCCAUAGACUUUAAUAUGAAAAUUUUUUGUUUAUUCGCUUUAUUUAAUAUAGUAGAUAAAAUCCGAAAAACAUACAUUACUGAUUUUUUGAGUUUAUACACAGAUUUUACUAUUAGCUUUGAUGACAUUAUUGAGUCUAAAAUACCAAAAAAGAAUAAACUGAACAAAAAAAAACAAAUUAAUUCAAAUCCAAUAAAAAUAAGCAAAUCUGACCAAAAUCAAAAUAACGCUGAUAAAAGUGAAAAUAGUGAUGAUUCAUCCUACAUAAUCGAUGAAACAAAUUGUGAAAAUAAUCCAGAAUCAUUAAAUACAAAAAUUAAACAAAUAAAAGAAAAACGAAACACUAGUUUUUAUAUGAAAAAAAAUAUAAACAUUUUAAAAAAAAAGAUGAAUUGGGAACAAGUUAUUGAAAAGGGUAAACAGAAUGGAAAAAACAUUUUCCAAUUUAAUCUAGAUAUGGAUAAAAUUGCUAAAAUACUAAUUUGGUAUUUACAAGAAUAUUUAUAUGAACAGGAUACAGGAGAUUCUCAUGUGUAUGUGCGAGAAGUUGCCUUAGAACUUGUCACCUUUUUAUUAACAUCUUAUCCAUUGUGUUUUUUUAGAAAAACACCAGAUGAGGUAAAUAUAAAUGCCAAGGAGAACAAAACUGAUGAUAUGGAAUUCGAAAGAAAUUCUGAAAAUGACAUUUUUGUUAAAGAGCCAAAUAGGAAUGGUAAAGUGACUGGGGAAAUAAAUUACACACAGAAUAAUAAGACCUAUUUUUAUGAAACACUUAAUUCAGAUGAUAGUUUUGAAUAUGAUGAAGAAUCUGAACAUAGAAAGUUGUUGAAUGAUAAAAAAAAAAAAAAUAUAGAUAUGUAUAUUUUAUUUGAAAUAAAAAAAGAAUAUAUAAAUAUAUUUAUUCAAUUAUUAUUGAAACUAUUGUGUGAAAAAAAUGUGAGAACACAUAAAAAAUGUUUAUUUUUGUUGAACUAUUUAUUUAAUUAUUCCAACUUUAAUGAAAAAGGAGAAAAAGAAAAUUUUCCUUUUAUUAAUAUUUUUAAUAAAUAUUGCCAUGAUUUCUCAUAUGAAUUAUAUAUGAAAAAAAAAAUUGAUGACAAUAUUAGAAAAAGUAAAAUUAAUAUACACAAAUAUUUGAGUAGUUACUAUACUGACAUUUCUAGUGUAUUUGAAAAUAUUAUUAUGCAUGUUUGCGAUUAUCAUGAACCUAUUUACUUGAAAAGUAAGACAGAGAAGAGAAGACCAUCAUUUAAUCAUAUGGAAAGUAUCUCUUCCAAGGAUUCUGGGAAUUGUAUUGGGAAUGGUAAUGAAGUAGAGAACGGAAAUGAAAAAAGUUGUCACAAAAAAUCAGGAAAAUACAGAAAUUGCAAUUGUACUUACGAUGAAGAAAUAACAUCAAUAUAUUUUAAUAAAAAUUAUAAAUACGAAUUAAUUAAAACAAUUUUUAAUAAAAUUAAUAAUUUUAUUUAUCUGUAUAAUUAUGCUUUAAAAUACACAAGUUUCUCAAUUUUUCAUAAGAACAAAUUUAACUCAACUAGGAAAGGAGUAAUAAAAAUUCAUAGUAGUUCCACUAGUAAAAAAAAUGAAAAGGAAAUAAUUGAAAACAAAAAUGAUAUAGAAAAAAUUGACAAUAUACAACAAACGGGUCAGAUCGAUUUUAUGAUCGAAGAUAUAUGUAUUAAUGAACAUUUUAUUGAUGAAAUUAAUCUAAGCGAAAAUGAAGAAAAAAUGUGUGUAGAAGACGAAAUGUUGAUAAAGAAUACUCACUUUUUACUCGAUAAAACAAAGAAAAAUAUUAGUGUAAUAAAAUACUUAGAAUAUAAUGAAACUUAUUUAUAUACUCAUAUAUUUUAUCUUUUAUUUUUAAAUAAGUAUAAUUAUUAUAUUAUAAAUGGUUUUUUUAAUUCUUUAUGUUAUUAUUCUUCGAGUACUGAAUAUAGCAAUUAUGAAUAUACAAAUUUACUUAAAAAGGGUAAAGAAGAAACAAUAGAUUUUUUAUUUUUAGAAUUUAUCAUGAAAUAUAAAGAUAUAUAUACAUUUGGUUAUGUGAGAGAUAACCUUUUAUUUUUGUACAUACGUUAUUAUGUGAAAUACUAUAAAAAUUAUGACUACAAAAUUGUUGACAACAUUUUACUUGAGUAUGAUAGAAACAAAUUGAAGGCGUUAAACAGUAAUAGUGAGAAAAAUGAUUUAAAGAAUGACCUAAUAAAUAGCAAUUGCGUUCAAGAAAAUCAAAGUAAAAUAAUAUCUGUAGAUAAUACAGAUACAACAACAAUGCACUAUGAUUUACCAAUGUAUAGAGAAAAUAAUGAAUUCUCCUUAUAUGAAUACAAUAUGCAUGUUAUUGAUUUAGAAGAAAUAAUUUUGUUAGAAAAAAAAUAUGAAAAGUUUAAUUUUUCAAAAAAUUUAUUUCAUAAUUAUAAUAUAUUCCUUGAUACAAAUACUGUAUUCUUACAUAAUAGCAAAAAAAUAAAUAAAAAUAAUUUAAAUGAAGACAAAUUGAUUAAAUCAAAACAAAAAAUAAAAAAUAAACGAAUUAAAAAAGAAUUAAAUAUAAAUAUAGAAUUAUUACCAUAUAUAAAUAUAUGUUUAAUUAAAAUUUUGUAUUACUUAAACAAUUUCAGCAUAAUACAAUUAGAAUCAUUUUUAAAAAGUGUUAACUCAUUUAUUAAGUUUUCCCUAAUAAAUGAUUUUGCGGCUUUUUGUUUUUUAAAUUUUUUUACACGCUUUUUAAAAAAGUAUACUAUAUUUUCCCUUGUAAAAACCAUAUCCGAGUUUAUCAUAAACAUUUAUAUGUGCUCUCCCUUGCAUUUAAACAUAAAAAAAUUUGCUGCUGUCCUCAUUUUGGAUUUGCUCAUACAUAGGUACCCUAAGAUCCGCGAAUUCACAAGUGAAUAUUUGUAUUCGAAUAUUAAUUUUAUCGCUCCUAAUGAAUAUCAAAAUUAUUUAUUUAGUAGUUACGACGAUUUAGAAAAUUCAAUUUCUCUUUUAAUAAACACACAAUUUUCUGAUUCUUCAAAAGAAAACGAUGAUAAUUAUGAAAUACAUAUAACCGUAGAAAAAAUUGCGAAAUUGUUAGGAAUUUCUCAUUAUAUAACAUUUUCAUCAUGA